UCCGCCUUCCCCGCCCUCUCGGCCUCCCGCCGCCUCCCUCCUGCCCACUUUGCGCCCCGCGGCUCGGCCGGCAGGACCGGAGACCCUCAGCCAGGACUGAGGCACAAGGUGACUGCCAUGAUGCUGCGGGGCCCUUUCUCAGCACUGCUGCUUGGGGGUCUGCUGGGGGCCCUUCAUGCCCAGCAGCAAGAGCUCAUCUCACCGGACACCAUCACCUCUGACAGGACCAACAGCUGCCCAGAGAAGACCGACUGCCCUGUCAACGUGUACUUUGUACUGGACACCUCGGAGAGUGUGGCCAUGCAGUCACCUACCGACAGCCUGCUCUACCACAUGCAGCAGUUCGUCCCACAGCUCAUCAGCCAGCUGCAGAAUGAGUUCUACCUGGACCAGGUGGCGCUGAGCUGGCGCUACGGUGGGCUACACUUCUCUGACCUGGUGGAGGUGUUCAGCCCACCAGGCAGUGACCGAGCCUCCUUCACCAAGAGCCUGCAGGGCAUCAGGUCCUUCCGCCGGGGCACCUUCACUGACUGUGCAUUGGCCAACAUGACUCAAGAGAUCCGCCAGUCAGGGGCCCGUGGUGUCAACUUUGCUGUGGUCAUCACUGAUGGCCACGUCACGGGCAGCCCAUGUGGUGGCAUCAAGCUGCAGGCUGAGCGGGCCAGAGAUGAGGGCAUCAGGCUCUUUGCUGUGGCACCCAACCAGAACCUAAAUGAGCAGGGCCUGCGGGAUAUUGCCAGCACCCCGCACGAGCUCUACCGCAGCAACUAUGCCACCAUGCGGCCAGACUCCACUGAGAUUGACCAGGACACCAUCAACCGCAUCAUCAAAGUCAUGAAACAUGAAGCCUAUGGAGAAUGCUAUAAGGUGAGCUGCCUGGAGAUCCAAGGACCAUCCGGCCCCAAGGGCUACCGUGGACAGAAGGGUGCUAAGGGCAACAUGGGUGAACCAGGAGAGCCAGGACAGAAGGGGCGACAGGGAGACCCCGGCAUUGAAGGCCCCAUCGGAUUCCCAGGACCCAAGGGUGUGCCUGGCUUCAAAGGAGAGAAGGGAGAAUUUGGAGCCGACGGAAGGAAGGGAGCCCCCGGACUGGCAGGCAAGAAUGGGACCGAUGGACAGAAGGGCAAGCUGGGCCGCAUCGGACCCCCAGGCUGCAAGGGAGAUCCCGGAGACCGGGGCCCUGACGGGUACCCAGGGGACGCCGGGAGCCCAGGCGAGCAAGGAGACCAAGGUGCCAAGGGGGAUGCUGGACGCCCAGGACGCAGGGGUCCCCCAGGAGACCCUGGGGACAAAGGAAGCAAGGGUUACCAAGGCAACAAUGGAGCCCCUGGAAGUCCAGGCGUGAAAGGAGCCAAGGGCGGGCCUGGACCCCGAGGACCCAAAGGAGAACCUGGGCGCAGGGGAGACCCUGGAACCAAGGGUAGCCCGGGCAGCGACGGCCCCAAGGGGGAAAAGGGGGACCCUGGCUCCGAAGGGCCCCGAGGCCUGGCUGGAGAGGUUGGCAGCAAAGGAGCUAAGGGAGACCAGGGGCUACCUGGACCCAGAGGCCCCCAGGGGGCACCUGGGGAGCCCGGGAAUCAGGGAUCUCGGGGAGACCCUGGUGAUGCUGGGCCUCGUGGAGACUCAGGACAGCCAGGCCCCAAGGGGGACCCUGGCAGGCCUGGCUUCAGCUACCCAGGACCCCGAGGGACACCCGGAGAAAAAGGCGAGCCUGGCCCACCUGGCCCUGAGGGAGGCCGAGGAGACUUCGGCAUGAAAGGAAGACCUGGGAGGAAAGGCGAAAAGGGGGAGCCUGCUGACCCUGGUCCCCCUGGAGAACCAGGCCCUCGGGGGCCAAGAGGAGACCCAGGACCUGAGGGUGAGCCUGGACCCCCCGGAGACCCCGGCCUCACGGAAUGUGACGUCAUGACCUACGUGAGGGAGACCUGUGGGUGCUGUGACUGUGAGAAGCGUUGUGGUGCCCUGGAUGUGGUCUUUGUCAUCGACAGCUCUGAGAGCAUUGGCUACACCAACUUCACCCUGGAGAAGAACUUCGUCAUCAACGUGGUCAACAGGCUGGGGGCCAUUGCCAAGGACCCCAAAUCAGAGACUGGGACACGUGUGGGAGUGGUGCAGUACAGCCAUGAGGGUACCUUUGAGGCCAUCCAGCUGGACGACGAGCGCAUCGACUCCCUGUCCAGCUUCAAGGAGGCCGUCAAAAACCUGGAGUGGAUUGCGGGUGGCACCUGGACACCCUCCGCCCUCAAGUUCGCCUACAACCAGCUCAUCAAGGAGAGCCGGCGCCAGAAGACGAGAGUGUUCGCUGUGGUUAUCACAGACGGGCGACACGACCCGCGUGAUGACGACCUCAAUCUGCGGGCACUGUGUGACCGUGAUGUCACCGUGACAGCCAUUGGCAUCGGUGACAUGUUCCACGAGAAGCACGAGAGUGAGAACCUCUACUCCAUUGCCUGUGACAAGCCACAGCAGGUGCGCAACAUGACGCUCUUCUCUGACCUGGUGGCUGAGAAGUUCAUCGAUGACAUGGAGGAUGUGCUUUGCCCAGACCCUCAGAUCGUGUGCCCAGAGCUUCCCUGCCAGACAGAGGUGUUCCCAGGACGCAGCCUUGAGCUACGGCGCUGGGCUGGCAUACCUGAUGGAUGGAGGCCUGGCAGCGAGCCCCCGGUCACCUUCCUCCGCACGGAAGAGGGCCCGGACCCCACCUUCCCCAAGACCAUCCCCCUGAUCCAGCAGUUGCUAAACGCCACGGAGUUCACUCAGGACCCAGCCGCGUACUCCCAGCUGGUGGCCGUGAUGGUCUACACUGCUGAGCGGGCCAAGUUCGCCACGGGGGUCGAGCGGCAGGACUGGAUGCAGCUGUUCAUUGACACCUUUAAGCUGGUGCACAGGGAUAUCACAGGGGAUCCUGAGACCGUGCUGACGCUGUGCUGAGGCCACAGACUACCGUACAGAGCUUGUAGCUUGUAGCUUUCCAGGGCUGCUGCAUAACCAGGGCCUAAGAUGUAGGAAUUCACCUUCCCACAUAUCUGGACUGCCCUAGGCCCCAUUUGAAGCCUUUAGGCCCCAUCCCCCAGAGAUCCAGGGAAGGCUCCUCCCGCCUCAGCCUCCCUCCCUGUGCCUGCCCACAGCCUCCUGUCUUUGUCUCUGGGCCCCUCUUCCAUUUAAGGACACCAGUCACUGGCUUUGAAGUCCACUUUCUCCAGGAUGUUACCUCCCAGAUCCUUCACUCAGGGCUGAGGUGGCCGAGUGCUUGCCUAGUACCACACAAAGUCUCACCCUAGCUCUCCCAUGCAACCCUUGUCACCAAAAGUGACCUUCAUAGCUCCUUCAGUUGGAUGUGCACAUCUGUAGGAGUCACUGUGUCAUCUGCCCUCAUGGCCCCUGUCCUGGCAAGCUAUGUAUGUCGGUCUGGACAUGGGGGAUUGCAGUGGAGGGUAUGAAAUCCCCUUGACUCGCUUCUUAUUGAGCUUAGAUUCCAAAAGAGCAGGGUCUUGGGGCAGAAGAUCAAUGCUGGGGUUAGUAACAUGCAUGUUCUCGAGGAACAGGGCUCCUUGUGAAGGUACCCAGGGCUGGCUGGCAGGGAGUCUUUGUGAUCUCCUAACACCAUAACCCCAUCUGAACUGGCAUCGCCACUGCUAGCCAAAUACCCAGCGCUGCCCCAUCCAGGAUCUGCACCCCCAUCCUGACUCCUGAGUUUAUCGGGCACAUCAGGGAGCACCCACCAGGCAAGACCUUCACUGCCCUUGGCUGUGUGAGCUGAGCAUGGGGCAGGGUUCUCUCCCAGUGUGCUAUGGAGGUGAACACAGCAAGGUCAUCACCCCAAAAACAAGCUAAGACAGGAGACCCCUGAGCCAGAGGAGCACUCCCUGCCUGGCUGGGCUCCCAUUCUUCCAUCACCCAUGUGCUAGGCCAAACCUCCUGCAGUGGGGCUGUAGGCAGAAGAAGGGAGCCCACAGAAGGGGAUGGCAGGGUCUGAGAAUCCCAACUCCCUGUCUGCCAUGCAUCUCUGUCACCUUCCUGAACCUGUUGCCCUGCUGUGUGUCCAUCUCCAUGUCUGUGAGAACCA